UGUCAGUCAACUCACGAGAGAGAAAGGAAAAUGUUUACCAUCAUUAGGCUCGGUUGACAAUAUAUUUGGCGAAAACAGUAAUUUGCAAAUCGAGACCGGUUAUUGACAGCGCAGGAUAUCAGCCGCAACUCCGGCUACAGCUUGAACAAUGGACGACCUGGACACGGAGCAGUUUAUCGAGGAGGUCAAGAAGCGGACGGCGAUCUGGGACUCGUCGUCGGACGACUACAAAAAUCGGGACCUCAAGAAGAACCAAUGGGCGGAAGUGUGCAUGGUGCUGUAUCCGGACUUUUUGGGCCUGGACGCGAACGAUCGGCUGAGGACGGUGAUGGAACUCCAAUCCAAGUGGAAGCACAUCCGCGACUCGUACGUGCGCUCGCUGCGCAUGAAGCGCACCAAAUCCGGCAACGGGCGACGGACAGCAAAGAACUACGUGUACGCCCGGCAGCUGGAGUUCCUGCGUGCCAUCACCACCUCCCGCCGGACGACCGAAUGCUCCCCGGAACAGCCCGAGGUGCUGGUCAACAGCGUGGACGAGUUCGAGUACUUUGGCAAUGUGAUCGAGGACACCGGGGGUGGUGGUGGUGCUAACGGGAUGCUCGAGGUUGGAGUCGGUGGCGACGGAACAGGUCAGUCGUCGGUGGGGCUUCCCCAGGACGGCGGUGAGGACAAGAGCGAGAAUGGCGAGCCCAGCCGGAAGUAUUCGACGAGCACGACGCAGCGACGAAGGCGGAGGACCACGUUUAUGGAGCAGAACGUGCGGAAUUAUAUCGAUAGUUACGACCGGGAGCGGAUGGAUCGGGACCGGGUGGAGGAACCGAGCAGCUGUGAUGAUAUGGACUUUUUCCGGUCGAUGCUGCCGCUGAUACAGGUGCUGCCGCUGUACGAGCGGAUGAAGUUCCGGAUGGACGUGAUGAGGAUCGGGUUGGAGUACUUUGAGAAAUCUCGUGCACUGGUGCAGUAUUCAGAGUAGAUUACUUUCUUAGGGUUAGGAUUUUUUUUUAGUUUAGUGGUAUGUGAUUUCUUGACGUGACUCAUGCUUAGUUUACCUUUUCUAUAUUGUAACAUAAAAGUAUUGUUUUAGAUACUUGCGAGAAACCAUGAUAUUCAGUUAGGCUUUCAUUCCAGUACGUUUCGGCAAUAAGAAAU